AUGGUGAGGUUCAAGAACCGCUACUUGGUCGUCGAGAUCGCGCACAACGACGGGCGCGCGAUGGAGGACGCGCGCAAGGAGAGGGAUUUACUGGACGCCAUUCGGGACGCCGUCAAGGAAAACUUUGGCGACGUCGGCGCGGGGCGCGCGGUGGCGGCGCUGAGCGUGCGAUACGCGGACGCGAUGACGGGGGUGUGCGUCGUGCGAUGCGAUCGCGAGCGGGCGCGCGCGGUGCGAGGGGCGGUGACGACGAUGGAGGGGUUUCGAGGACGGCGAGCGGCGUUCGCGGUGACGCACUGCGGAGGCACGGUGCGAGGGGCGCGCGACGCGUGCGUGCGAAGGCUCUCGGCGAGGUUACACGCGCUAGUCGCCGAGGGACGGGUCAGGGAGGCGGACGUGGAGGGGAUUUUGGAGACGCAAGGGAAAAUCGUGGCGACGGCGGUGACGAACUGA